CGAGCAAGGUAUGACCAAAAAUAUCAGCUGCUUAGUCGGAAGACAACGAGAGGACUUUCAGAAUGCCCAGAAGGGGCUUUCUGUUUCAAGCCAGGACUCGGUGGCUUUUGGUGGGCCUUGCUUUACUGCUGAGUUUGUUGCUCUUCAUGUAUCUUCUCGAAUGCGCUCCGCAAACGGAUGGCAAUGGAUCCCUUCCUGGCGUCAUAGGGGAGAAUUUUGGUAAAGAACAUUACCAGGCUCUUCUCCAGGAACAAGAGGAGCAUUACCAAACCAGAGCGAUGAGCCUCAAGCGCCAGAUCGCCCAGUUGAAGCAGGAGCUCCAGGAAAUGAGCGAGAAGUUGAAAUUAUUACAGGAGAAGAAAAGCCCCAAGGUCAGCAGCAUGGGCUACCCGGCCACCAAAGAGCAAGCGCCCAACGAUCUCCUGGAAUAUCUGCAUUCUCAGAUAGAUAAGGCAGAAGUCAGCAUGGGGGCCAAACUGCCUAGCGAAUACGGAGUCAUCCCCUUUGAAAGCUUCACGUCUUCGAAGGUGUUCCAGUUGGAGAUGGGCUUGACGCGACACCCGGAGGAGAAGCCGGUCCGGAAAGAUAAGCGGGACGAGCUGGUGGAAGUGAUUGAAGCUGGCCUGGAGGUAAUCAAUAAUCCAGAUGAAGAAGAUGGCCAAGACGAAGAGGACGGAAUAGGGGAGAGACAGCUUUACGGUGAAAAUGAUUUCGUGGAAGGUUAUUACCGCACUGAAAGAGACAAAGGAACGCAGUAUGAGUUGUUCUACAAGAAGUCAGAGGAUAUGGAGUACCGGCACGUCACCCUCUUCCGUCCGUUUGGGCCCCUGAUGAAAGUGAAGAGCGAAACGGUUGACAUCUCCAGAUCCAUAAUCAACAUUAUUGUUCCCCUUGCUGGAAGGACGGAAAUUUUUUCCCAGUUCAUGCAAAACUUCAGGGAUGUGUGCAUUAAUCAGGACAAGCGGAUUCACCUCACUGUGGUGUAUUUUGGCCAAGAGGGCCUUUCUGAAGUCAAGAGCAUCUUAGAGUCGGUUGCUAGAGAGACGAACUUCCAUAAUUACACGCUCGUUUCCUUGAACGAAGAGUUCAAUCGUGGUCGGGGGUUAGACGUUGGAGCCAGAGCCUGGGAGAGAGGCGAAGUCUUGAUGUUCUUCUGUGAUGUCGAUAUUUAUUUCACAGUGGAGUUCUUAAACAGCUGCCGCUUGAAUGCGGAGCCAGGCAAGAAAGUUUUCUAUCCUGUGGUGUUCAGCCUUUAUAAUCCUGCCAUCGUCUAUGCUAAUCAAGAUGUGCCACCCUCUGUGGAGCAGCAGUUGGUACACAAAAAGGACUCGGGCUUUUGGCGGGAUUUUGGUUUUGGGAUGACUUGUCAAUAUCGGACAGACUUCUUGACUGUUGGAGGAUUUGACUUGGAAGUGAAAGGCUGGGGGGGAGAGGACGUCCACCUCUACCGGAAGUACUUGCACGGUGACCUAGUUGUGAUCCGGACCCCAGUGCCGGGACUGUUCCACCUGUGGCACGAGAAGCACUGCGCUGACGAAUUGACUCCGGAGCAAUACCGCAUGUGCAUUCAGUCCAAAGCCAUGAACGAGGCGUCGCACUCUCACCUGGGGAUGCUGGUUUUCCGGGAAGAGAUUGAGGCUCACCUGCGCAAGCAGGCGUAUCGGACUAACAGCGAAGCCGUAGGCUAA